CCUGUCUUUUUUAAAACAUGUGCAUGGAGUUGGAGGUGUAGCUUUAAACAACAACAUGGCGAAUAAGGGGUUGGUAUACGAAGGGUGCAAUUUUUUCAGACAGAGACUUGUUCUAUCUUUAUUAAGUGGGAAGAAGGUUGCAAUCCAGAAUAUACGAUCAAAAGAUGACAAUCCCGGACUCAGAGAUUUUGAAGCCAGCUUUAUCCGGCUCAUGGACAAAAUAACCAAUGGCACCAGAAUUGAAAUUAAUCAAACUGGCACAGUCCUGUCCUUUCAGCCGGGUCUGCUGUACGGUGGCUCUGUGGAGCACGAGUGCAACCCUCAGCGCUCUGUGGGGUACUAUCUGGAGGCCCUCCUAAUGCUCGCCCCGUUCAUGAAGGGUCCACUCCGAGCCGUCCUCAAAGGCGUCACCAAUGACCAGAUAGACCCAUCGGUUGAUGCAUUAAAGGCAAGCUCUGUCCCUUUGAUGAAAAAGUUUGGGCUUGACGGAGAAGGCCUCGAGCUAAAGAUAGUGAAGAGGGGGAUGCCUCCUGGAGGAGGAGGUGAAGUACAUUUCUCCUGUCCAGUGCGCAGAACCAUCCGACCUGUCCAAUUGACUGAUCCAGGCAAAAUCAAGCGCAUCCGGGGAACAGCGUAUUCUGUACGAGUUUCCCCCCAGAUGGCAAACAGAAUAGUGGACUCUGCUAGAAGCAUUUUGAACAAAUUCAUUCCAGACAUUUACAUCUACACGGACCACAUGAAGGGUGCCAACGCUGGGAAAUCCCCAGGCUUCGGCCUUACCCUGGUGGCAGAGACUACAAAUGGUGCCUUCCUCUGCGCGGAGCUCGUAUCGAGCCCCCAGGGGCAGGGUGACCCUGUGCUGCCGGAGGACCUGGGCAGGAACUGCGCUAAGCUGCUGCUGGGGGAAAUUUACCGGGGUGGCUGUGUGGAUUCAACCAAUCAGAGCCUGUCACUACUCUACAUGACGCUGGGACAGCAGGAUGUGUCCAAAGCUCUGCUUGGUCCGCUCUCUCCAUACACGAUAGAGUUUCUGCGGCACAUCCGGGACUUUUUUCAGAUCAUGUUCAAGAUGGAGACGCAGAAGCAUGCAGAGGACAGCCAAAAGGGAGGGGAUAAAGUCCUGAUGACCUGCGUUGGAGCUGGCUACACCAACAUCAGCAAAACUCUCAAAUAAACCUUGCAAAUUUUUAUACUGAAAUGGAA